GAAGAAGACAAGGCGGAAAUGCGGAAGUUAUCGCCAAUGAGACAACAACGCGCCAAAUUUGUGAAAAAUCUUUAGAAGUCAGUGCAGCAGGAUGAAGACGUGCGUCUGAGCUUUAAGGAUAGCUACAUGUGGCAGUCGCUGCUGUGUGAAAAGGCUGAGCAGCAUGGCGGUGCCUUUUGUGCAGGACUGGGACGUUGUUCAAACUCUGGGAGAAGGAGCCUACGGAGAAGUGAGGCUGCUGGUGAACAGACAGACUGAAGAGGCGGUAGCAGUGAAGGUCAUCGAUACCUCGCAGGCAAAAGAGUGUGCUGAAAAUGUCAAGAAGGAGGUCUGCAUCCACAAGCCCGAUGUAGGGAUGGCUGAAAAGGAUGCUCAUAGAUUUUUCCAGCAGCUAAUAGCAGCUGUGGAGUACCUCCAUGAUUUUGGCAUCACACAUAGAGACAUAAAGCCAGAGAACAUUUUGCUGGAUGACAAAGAUAACCUGAAGCUGACAGAUUUUGGACUGGCGACCAUGUUUCGCUUUAAAGGCCGAGAGCGCCGUCUGAAUCGAUUGUGUGGGACUCUUCCCUACGUGGCUCCGGAGCUUCUGAGCCAAACAGAGUACAGAGCUCAGCCUGCAGAUAUCUGGGCUUGUGGCAUAGUCCUCACUGCCAUGCUGGCUGGUGGUAAGAUCCAAAAUUUGAAGAUUAUACACACAUCUGUAGUCCAAUACCAUAUGACAGCAAUGGCAACGAGAAGUUGAUGAUAUCACAAAGCU